AGGAGGAAGAGGAGGAGAGAGAGAAAGGAGGAGGAGGAGGAGGAGGAAACAUUGUGACUUUUUCUCAUAAAAUAUCAACUUUUAUUUUGACAAACAUUCACAUCUACCCAGCUACUGUUGGGAAACAAAUCAGAGAUUUUGAGAUAAAUAUUUAAAAUGUAUUAAAAAAAAUGAUGUAAUGAUAUGACAAAAAAAAGUAAAUUUAAGAAAAGGGGUGUCAUAGUUUGAGAAUUCAAUAAAAAAUUCAAAAGAAAAAAUCAUAUUUUCAGAAAUAAAAGCAAAAAUAAAGACAAAAUAUUCUGACAUUUUAUUCUAUUAUGAUUAAUAUGGUUGAUGAUUAAAAUUAGUCAAAAUUAUGAGAUCAUAAGACAAACGUUUUAUUUGUAUCUCGUAAUUUUGUGUUAAUAUCUCAUAUUUUUGUUCUUCUUGUAAAGUUGUUUAAUUCUCACUGUAUUCCUGAAACAUCGUGACUUUUCCUCAUAAAAUAUCAACUUUUAUCUUGAAAUAUUGUGAUUUCAUUCUUGAAAUUGUAUGACUUUAUUGUGGAAACUAUUUCCUCAAAAUGUUACGACAUCAUUCUUGAAAUAUUAAGUGUUUUUUUUUCUUGUAUAAAAAGUCAACAAAACAACUUUUUGGGGCCUAAAACAUUUUAUCAACAUUUUACAACUUUAUAAAAUUACUUUUAAAACAUAUUUGUUUAAUCGUGAACAACUAGCGCCGCCCUCCUCUGCCUCUGAUAUUCUUACUGUUUUAGAUAUUGUUUGAUCCAGUUUAUUUUGAAUGUGUUGUUUAGAGAGCUGAAGUCUAUAAAAUGUAGCCCACCAUUGUUGUAUGUAUUCAGAACCACAGAUUUUUACAUAUAGUGGGUUUUGUUUUUCCAUAAGAAAUUGCUUAAUGUCCUAUCAAUAGAUUUGCAUAUUGAAUUACUAGCAUAUAAUGAGUGAGCAGCAUAGGUUAGAGGAGAUCUACCUUCUGCCUUAGUGAGCAGAACUCUGCACAAUGAGAAGAGUCUCUGUGGAACCACUGGUUCACAACCUUUGGGGUCUUUUCUAUAAUGGGGUUAAAGUUUAAAGCACCUCUGGAUUUCCUCUCUUUAGUCUUUUGGAUCUCAGGAUAUGUGACGGAGUUCCUCACAGGAAUAUUAGAGAUUGAGGUCACAUGCUUUCUUUCACUGGUAAUAGUUCACAUGUAUUCAGAUUAAAGGAGAGCCCAGAUGGAAAGGUCUGGGUAAGGCUGACUGAACACAGACAUGUGGGAUGUGUCGGAGCCUCCCGCGCUGGAUCAGUCCUCUCUGUAUGAUGGAGCCUCUCUGUAUGAUGGAGCCUCUCUGUAUGAUGGAGCCUCUCUGUAUGAUGGAGCCUCCCGUCCAGCGAGAGGCGGUAAAUCCUGUUUACACACCUUUUUUGGAAGAAUAAGAAGAAGCAGAAGAAGUAGUAGUUGUUGUGUGUUUCUUGCUGCUAGCUUUGACUCUGGAGCAACUUGAAGACACUUAAGGAACUUAAUGGACUAAACCUUCGAGGGGUUCCUUGUUCUCUUGGUUCUCUUCAGAGAUAAACACGCCGGAUGGCUUCCUGCUGGUUGUUCAUCCUCCUCUUCACCUCCAGCUCCUCGGCUCACAAUGACUUCUUCACCUCCAUCGGUCACAUGACCGACCUGCUGUCCACAGAGAAGGACCUGGUGACCUCGCUGAAGGACUACAUCCGAGCAGAGGAGAGCAAACUGGAGCAGAUCAAAAGAUGGGCGGACAAACUGGAUGUCCUGUCGGCGGCGGCCACUCAGGACCCCGAGGGCUUCCUGGGACACCCGGUCAACGCCUUCAAACUGAUGAAGAGACUCAACACGGAGUGGGCGGAGCUGGAGAGCCUGGUGCUCACUGACAUGUCUGAUGUGUUCAUCUCUAACCUCACCAUCCAGAGGCAGCACUUCCCCAACGAUGACGACCAGACCGGAGCGGCCAAAGCUCUGAUGAGGCUGCUGGACACUUACCAGCUGGACACCAACACCAUCUCCACCGGACAGCUGCCGGGCUCGUCCUCGGUCUCCAGCGCUCUGACUGUGGACGACUGCUACGACCUCGGGAAGGUGGCGUACUCGGAGGCGGACUACUACCACACGGAGCUGUGGAUGGUUCAGGCCCUGAAGCAGCUGGAUGCUGGAGAGACGUCCAGCACCGUGGACGCCGUCACCAUCCUGGACUACCUGAGCUAUUCCGUCUACCAGCAGGGGGAGCUGGAGACGGCGCUGGACUUCACCCGCAGGCUGCUGGAGCUCGACCCGAUACACCAGCGAGCCAAAGGGAACCUGAAGUACUUUGAGUAUCAGCUGGACAAACAGAAGAAGGUGGAGGAGAGCGAGGAGGAGGAGGAGGAGAGGAGGCAGAGGAGGGCGACCCGGGGUCGGCCUGCUGACUACCUGCCGGAGAGGAAGCAGUACGAGCAGCUGUGUCGCGGCGAGGGCCUCCGGAUGACUCCUCGCAGGCAGAGCCGCCUCUUCUGCCGUUACCACGACAACAACCGCCACCCCAAAUACGUGAUCGGCCCGGUGAAGCAGGAGGACGAGUGGGACCGCCCCCGCAUCGUCCGAUACCACAACAUCGUGUCCGACGCGGAGAUGGAGAAGGUGAAAGAGCUCGCCAAACCCCGGCUGCGUCGAGCCACCAUCUCCAACCCCGUCACCGGCGUGCUGGAGACGGCCCACUACCGCAUCAGCAAGAGUGCUUGGCUGGCAGCGUUUGAACACCCAGUGGUGGACCGGAUCAACCAGAGGAUCGAGGACAUCACCGGCCUGGACGUCACCACAGCAGAGGAGCUGCAGGUGGCUAACUACGGCGUCGGAGGACAGUACGAGCCUCACUUUGACUUUGGACGGAAAGAUGAACCGGAUGCUUUUGAAGAGUUGGGGACAGGAAAUAGAAUCGCCACCUGGCUGCUUUACAUGAGUGAUGUUCCGGCAGGAGGCGCCACCGUCUUCACCGAUGUAGGAGCUGCCAUCUGGCCCAAGAAGGGGACGGCGGUGUUCUGGUACAAUCUGUAUCCCAGCGGAGAAGGAGACUAUCGGACCAGACACGCUGCCUGUCCUGUUCUGGUCGGAAACAAGUGGGUGUCUAAUAAAUGGAUCCAUGAACGAGGGCAGGAGUUCAGGAGGCGCUGUGGCCUCCAGGAGACUGACUGACCGACCCUCCCCCUCCUCCUCCUCCUACUCCUCUUCCUCCUCCUCCUCUUCCUCCUGCUCCUCCUCCUCCUCUUCCUCCUCCUCCUCCUCCUCCUCAUCUUCCUCAACCCUUCAAGCUGCUGAGUCCGCGGCUGCACGUGUGAUUCAUCUGAAGAGUGAGUGUGUUACUGUGUGUGUGUGUGUGUGUGUGUGUGCUCUACAACCUCUUUUUAAAAGCCAAUUAUCAGAAUCAAUAUUCAGUAACUUUCAAAUAUGAAUACAUUUUAAUUAAGAACUUAAUUUGUUGAUUAAAAACACAUUUGAAAUCAUGACUGAAUAAUAACUCACUGACGAUCAGGUGGUUGUUAAAAGCUCUGAUGAUGUCACUCCGUUCACCUGAACUCUCCCUAAAUGAAGUCACUGUUGAGCUAAAGCUGCUUUUUUUUUUUCACUUUACACCUUAAAUAAUAAUUUAUUUAUGUUUAUUCACACUGUUAAAAAAACCACUCCGUCUCUCGUUUAUUAACCUUUAUGUUUUAUUUAACUCCUGUGCAUCUCUAGGGACAUUUCUGCCUUUUUUCAUUUUAAAUCAUUUUGUCAAGAGUGUGAGUUUUAUCAUUAUUAUUAUUAUUAUUAUUAUUAUAUUGUAAGUGUAGCCUCAGCUUCUAUAAUAAAGUGUGUCCCCAUUGAAACCACAGUUUGAUCCCAUUACAG